AUGUCGGCGAUAAGUCCAAUACUAAGCAUAUCGCCGAUCUUAGUCCAUCCACGAAGUUAUCUAAAAGAACAAUGGCAGGCGCAAAAGAAUGCAAAAUUACAGUUACAGGAAGAAACUAUAGAAUCUUAUGUUUAUUCAACACAAAAGCAAAGUUCACCUCAAAUUGAUAAAGGUGAUUCGAGUGUUACUUCUGAGACACAGCGCUCGCUGCUAGAUCAGAGUUCAUUGAAAUCACCAUGGUUAUCUGCAACAAUCAUUUCACAUAAAGUCAAUACCCCAUUACCAGACGAAACAAAAAAAACAUCUGAUGUACAGAUCUCGUCACAAAAGCAUGCUUUUAUAAUUCGUGUAUGGAAAUCAAGAUUUACCAGCUGUGUCUUAGGACAGUUAUGUUGUCUUGCAGUGAUAGUUCCAAUUUUAGUAUUGUGGCUAACACAAGCUUCGACAACUAGUAAAACAGAAACCUGCCUUACAUUCGAUGACAUAUCUAAUAUAUCAAGUUUUGCUCAGAUACCUGAUUGGUACGGCUAUUUGUAUUGGUCAAAUAUGUAUUAUUUGAACACAACUGUAUUAAAUACAACUAAUAAUCCAACUGGAUAUUGGAAUGUACGUACAAGCGGUAUGUUCGUAGCGUUUAAUGGUUUCGAUAGUCUGAUGUCUGUUAGUGGUAUUAGCAAUGCUACAUUCACUCUCAACUCAUUUAUGGCUGCAUCCAUCAUAGUAACUGUUGAUGUUGUUUCCACACUUGUUGUUGUUGUUGUGGUUAUGGAUGAUGAUAAUGAUUAA